AUGGAAACAGUGUUUAUUACUAUUCACGACCUGUCACUAGAUGCUCGCAUCAAAUUCUGUUCCGACAGCGUCGAGUACAUCUUGGGCUAUACGCCCCAAGAAGUGCGUGGCAAAUCAUGCUGGGAAUACUUCCAUCCCCAGGAGAUUCCCUUUGCCAAGGAAGUCCAUGACCGGGGCAUCGCACAUGACAAGGCAGCAUCUCUGAAUUAUUGUCGCAUCAAACACAAGGAUGGAUCAUGGGUGGGCUGCGAAUGCGUCUUCACCGUUGUCCACGAUGUCCUCAUCGGAUGUACUUCAGUCUACCAAAGCGGGCCCAAGGCUCAACGGCGAAAGGCAGACUCACACAAUGUUCGCCGGAUCUUCUCUUCCUCGCCACGAGACCCACGUUACCACAUGUUGUCAUAUCUCUCCAGCAAGUUCACGCAGAUGCCCGAGCCGCACGAGAGGGAGCCUCGAGCCGCUCUGUUUCUCAAUCGAUUCACACGCACAUGUCCCGUCAUGUACGCCACAUCCGGCGUCCGUGAUGUCCUUGGGCUCGAACCGGACCAGAUCAACGGCAAGAGCUUCUACUACUGCAUCGAGGAGGUUUGCCUCCAGGAGUCAGUCAAGUGCCUGGAGAGCGCCAAAGCCAACGAUUCGAUCGCAUACCUGCGUUUCCGCUACCGCAAUCCAAUGCAGAAUCCCUCUCGAACACACUCCGUGGCCGUAUCUGACAUGUCAGAAAGUGAUGAGGACGAGGAUGGCGGAGUGGCAAUUCCGGGAUCGCGCUCGAGCGUGAGUAUGCGAGAUUCGGUCACUCCUCAGCCAAAUGGUGGUGCCACUCUUGUCGAUGGGGUCCACUCCUCAGACUCGGUGCCACGCCUGACCGGCAACGGCUCCGGACCUGGUCCCGCGCCGGAGUCUGAUGGCGUUAAUGGACACAGAAGAUUACCGGAGGAAGUCGCUGGACGUUCCUCGUCUGAUCAAAGCAUGGGUCAAGAUGCUCAGGCUGCUCGGGCUGCUCACGAAGCCAUCUUUGACCCGCCCGAAUUAACAUCCUCAAAUUCUACAUCCACCAACACCACUCCUGAUGACAAUCAAGGAGUCGAACUCGAAGCCGUCAUCUCUUGCACAUCGGACGGUCUGGUUGUGAUCCUCAGGAAAGCCCAUCCACUGGUGCCCGAACUGCUCGGUGACACAGUUUCUUCUCAGUACGAGAACGGCAUGUAUGCGUCGCCAUGGGCUCCAGAGCCUGUUAUGCCACAUCAUAUGGACCAGACAGCGCCGAUGCCUACUGUAUCCUUCCCAGCAAUGCAGACCCCUGCGGAGGCCGGCUUUAUGGCUGCCAUCCGCGAUGUGGCGGUCUUUGCUUGGUCACUGACGGGCAUCAACGGCUCGUUAGCCGACUACGGUAAGGGCAAGCCCACUGAUGACGCAACUCCGCCUGGUGGUCUACCUGUGUGGGAUCCGAAUGCGACUCAAGAUCUUUAUGAAGAGUAUAAUGGCUUCUCGGGGAGUAGACAUCGACCAUACCCUGGCAUGGGCUAUCCAACUGGAGAGAGACACCCCGGACAGCCCGGCGGCUUAGCAGAAUCAUCUACCAGCAGCGACGACGAGGUUGUAUGGAAGCGAGCACCCACCAUGGCACCUUGGCGCCGGCCCAAGCGCCGGGCUCACGAAGAUGCGUUUGGCGAGGAUCCGGCAAGUGACGCCGAUGGAGAGAGCUCUGAGGGACGAAAGAAGAAGACCAAGUCCGGGGCCUACGGAACCCAGUAA